ACACCCACAACUUGUAAGAUGACACCAGCAGCUUUCACAAGGCACACAGGGGUGUUUCAUUGAGAAGUGGAGGUAGCCUACGUUCUUAUUGCACAUUUUCCGUUUAGCGGACCUGAGAAGAGAACCUGUAAGUGAUGUUUGGUGCUGCUGUGCCGACACACAGUCUCUUUGUUGAUUUUUACUGGGGGAAUUUAUUGAACAGUUAUACUUACUCAUUGACUCUGCAAAAGAAGAGGGAACCAUGAACAGUCCGGUGGAAACAGAGGACGACCAAUACAGUCCAAUACAUCUCACUGGGCUCGGAAUAUGUUGCCCCCUCAGUCCCAAACAGCACCACAAUGGUCCUGGUCUGGAGAGACCACAGCAGUACACCAAAUGGCUCCCCAGCCGCCACGAGGACAGCCUGCUGCCCAUGAGAGAGGACCUGGCUCUCUGGCUCAACAUGUUUCUGGACUCUGAGGUCACGGCUGACAGCCUGAUGGACAGGCUGGAUAAUGGGGUUCUGCUGUGCCAGCUGGCCGAGGACCUACAGGAGAGGAUGAUCCAAGCCAGCAAUGGCAAGACCUUCGUCCGCAGGGUGAUUCAUUGGUGAGCUGAUGCUACUUCUGGCUCUUUCUUUGCCCGGGACAACACUGCCAACUUCCUCUACUGGUGUCGGAAGAUUGGUGUGGAUGAGACCUACCUGUUUGAGUCUGAAGGUUUGGGUGAGUGCCUACUUGCUUGUCCAUCUCCGUCUGGCACUGACAGGACACAAAUCUGUCCUUAAACAGCCAAUAUCCAUCAAGUUGUCUAAGAGAGAAUCUGUAAAUCUCUGUCAGAGUCAACAAGAUUAACUCAUGAACACUGAAAUGGUGUGGUUAAUUGGCAACAGACCCUACAGUUAGUUCAUUAACACACUUCUGCCGAUUCUAAUCUGUGCUCAGGAUGUGCCAUGUCCAGAGAUUUACCAGAGAUAAUCUUAUUGAGAAACAGUACACGUAAUACACGUCACAAGAACAUCUGCUUUUAAAACGUUCCCGGCCCCUAUCCCAUCUCUACUCUCAUCCAUAUAUAUACUCUCAUACCCUCUUAUCAGACCAUGGGAGGCCUCUGGCAGUAGUCUCUGGAAUGGUUUCUUUCUGUGGAAAGACUGUUCUGUGUCCCUCUGUCCUGUAGAAGCAUUGCCCUACUUGGAAAACACUCCAGUGUCACCUGUCUUUGUCCUCCACUGACUUCCUAGCUUUGAUCUGUGACUGUCCCUAUGAAAAGGCCAGCCAUGCUUCCUCACUAGCUGUAGAGGAUUUAGCGAGUGGGUGAGAUGGUUUAAAGGGAAGGAAAGAGACAGAUGUUCAGGUGGAGCUGGAAAGCAGGUCAGCUCACAGUGCUAGCUGACUCUGUACCCUGAAUAGUGGGAUGAUGUAUUUUCUUCUGUGACUUGGAUUGUCUUGUCUUAGGAUCAUGUAUCACUCAUUCACCUCUGUUUCUGUUUGAUGCCUUCAGUACUGCGGAACAUGGGAGACUAGUUAUAGCAUGUUGACCACAUGUAGUGAUAUUAACUGUGUGUGCGGUAUACCUAUUCCACCUGGACAUGUUCCUGCAUGGGCAUGCAUGACACUGAGAGAGUUAAUGUGUAGGUUUAACUACCAUACACAUCAGUUUGCCCCCUAGUCUGACUAAACUGGCUUAUUGGUGAAUUGCACUCAGAAUGAUAGGACAUGUACAUGAUGACUACUGUAUUUUUCAAUUUUUAUGUUUGACACAGGAAUUUUAAAGUCAUUCAUACUGUAUAUUUUCAUACGUACGUAAUUGCUUAAAUUGUUGUACUUCA